AUUGACAAUUGUAAUAAUUUCAGCUAAUUAAUCAGUUAAUCUUCCAAUGGCUUUUGUGAUCAGUAUUUUUGGGUGCGGUCUUGUUCUUGGUGCUCUAUCAAUAUUGCAAGCAAAAGUAGCAUAUAGUAGUAGUUUUGACACAUACUAUUCUCCCCUUUGGGGACUUCCUCACCUUUCAGUUAAUCCACAAGGAAGUGAAGCCCAGCUUCAAAUGGAUCAGUCCUCAGGUGCUGGAUUUAGGUCCAAGUUGGAUUAUGGAUCCGGGUUGUUCCAUAUAAGGAUGAAAAUACCAAAUAAGAGAACAGGAGGCAUCCUUACAUCCUUCUAUUUAACUUCAGCCCCAGAUAACCAGGAGCCUGGAAACCAUUUUGAACUUGAUUAUGAGUUUCUGGGCACCAAUGGAACUGUGCAAACCAAUGUUUACAACAACGAUGAAGGACACAGAGAGCAAAGUUUCAAACUUUGGUUUGAUCCCUCGGCAGAUUUUCACACUUACGAGAUUCUAUGGAACUCACACCAAAUAGUAUUCUUGGUGGACAGAAUUCCAAUAAGAGUGUUCAAGAACAACAGUGCACAUGGAAUAACGUAUCCGUCUAAGGCCAUGCACAUUGAAGCAAGUAUAUGGAAUGCAAAUUGGGCAGGAGUGGUGGACUGGAGCCAAGCUCCCUUCAUUGCCUACUACCAAGAUUUUGGUUUCCAGGCUUGCAGUGCUCAGGUCGGCGGUGAUGUCUCAGGAUGUGGUUCCGAGCAGUACUUGUGGAACAGGCAGGACUAUUGGGAGCUGAAGCCUGGGCAGAAACUUGAAAUGGAGAAUUACAGAAGAUUAUAUAUGAGUUAUGACUAUUGUGCCUAUGCAUCUACUAGGAAACCAGAAUGUUCAUUCAACGUAUGAUUGCAUCAAGCUAACUAUUCAUAUGUUUAGUUAGUUUGUAAGAUCGUAGAGAGGUAUAUGUUUGUGAGUGUUCUGAAAACAUGUCCUUGGUAUUUGGAUCAGUAAUUAAAAAUUUCACUUAUUUCAUAUUACACACAGUUAAAUAUUGAUAAUUAUCCUCAUUCUGUAUUGUUUAUGGAACCAACCUGUAUGGUAGAUAUAAUUAGAAUUUUAUCAUCUAUACUAUUUAAAUGAAAAAGAAAGACCCUCUUCGUUCAUAAACUAUUAUUAGCGAUACGGCCACACUAAUUUUUAGAUAUAAUAAUCAUAUUUUUUAAAUUCAAUGCCAGUGUCCUGCAAUUGUAAAAAGAAAAAAAUUAAAAUUUCCACGGUUUAAUUAUGACCCCUAUAUCUAUGGUCUC